GCCCGGUCUAGUUAUCAGGCGCGCGGGAAACCGGACCGCGACCAUACACUUCAGUGUAUCAGCUGCUGGCAGCAAAGACGCAAGGAGGUCCGUUCUGCAGAGGUGGACAGAAGAGCAUACCGGUCAGCGUCCAUGAACGGCCACGAGCCAGCUUCUUUUUCCACCGAUGGCGACCAAGGAGUCGCGGGUGGUACGGCGACGUUCCAGCACCACGUGUCCUCGAUGGCCCAGUACCAGAAGAUGUACCAGGAAUCCGUAGAAGACCCUGCCGGUUUCUGGGGACGGCUGGCCCUCAAGUUGGACUGGAAGGUUCCGCCGCCCAGGGAUCGGUUCCUGGGUUACAACUUCGACCCGAGGGCGGGACCCGUGAAGGUCUGCUGGAUGCUGGGCGGCGUCACCAACGCGUGCUACAACUCACUCGACCGGCACGUCAUCGCUGGUCAUGGCGCCAAGGUCGCCUAUUACUGGGAGGGCAACAACCCCAAAGACCGAAAGACCAUCACAUAUGAGGAGCUGUUGAACGAUGUCUGCAAGUUCGCCAACGUGCUCAAACGAAAAGGUGUCUGCCAGGGACACUUAGUCACCAUUUAUCUGCCCAUGGUGCCCGAGCUAAUCGUCGCAAUGCUGGCAUGUGCAAGGCUUGGGGCAGUUCACACUGUCGUUUUCGCUGGUUACUCAGCCGAGUCCUUAGCCCAACGGAUGUUCGACACGCAGUCAAGGAUACUGGUCACCGCUGAUGGAUGCUGGAGAGGAAAGAAGCUCAUUCUGCUGAAACCCAUCGCGGAUGAGGCCAUUGCGAUUUGCGCCAAAAAGGGUCAUGCGGUGGAGUCUUGCAUCGUUCUUCGUCAUCUCAUGUCAAGCGAGACCCGGUGUGGAGGCACUCUGCUCAAUGGGGUAUCGAAAGACUUCCUAGAAAUCGACACGACCACGGACAGCAUCUACAGCUGGUGGCACGACGAGAUGCAGGUUCAGUCCACAGACUGCGACGUCGUCUGGGUAGAUUCCGAAGAACCGCUCUUUCUACUGUACACGAGCGGUUCCACGGGACGACCCAAAGGCGUCAUCCACACCACGGGAGGAUAUCUGCUGUACUCUCUGGCCACCGUGUACUACACCUUCGACUACCGGCCAGAGGACAUCUUCUUCUGCUCGGCUGACGUGGGCUGGGUUACAGGACACACGCACGUCGUCUAUGGCGUCUUAGCCAAUGGAGCCACCAGCGUCCUGUUUGAAGGUAUUCCUUUUUACCCUGAUCCCGGUCGCUUUUGGGAGGUUAUCGACCACUACCAGGUGACCAAAUUCUACACGGCGCCAACGGCGAUACGGGCUCUUAUGAAGUACGGUGAUGCCUUCGUGAAGAAGCACAGCCGCAAGUCCCUGAAGCUCCUUGGAAUCGCCGGCGAGCCGAUCGGCCCCGACGCUUGGUUCUGGUACCACCACGUCGUCGGAGAGUGCCGCUGCACAGUCCUCGACACCUACUGGCAAACCGAGACAGGUGGCCAGAUGAUCACCCCUCUGCCCGGGUGCACGCCGCUGAAGCCAGGAGCAGCUACGCUGCCCUUCUUUGGCGUGAUGCCCGCCAUACUUGACAAGGAUGGCAACGAAAUCAAGGGACCCGGAGAAGGAUACCUGGUGAUCAAGAAAGCGUGGCCCGGGAUAGCUCGUACCCUGUACAAGGACCACGACCGAUUUCAGAAAAGCUACUUCACCAAGUUUCCCGGCUACUACUUUACGGGAGACGGAGCCAGGCGAGACGAGGACGGCUACUACUGGAUCACUGGUCGUGUGGACGACAUGCUGAACGUUUCGGGUCACCUGAUUUCGACGGCCCAGAUCGAGUCGGCACUUCUCGCCAUUCCCGACCUUUCCGAAGCCGCCGCAGUGCCUCGACCCCACAAGGUCAAGGGGCAGUGCCUCUACUGCUACGUCGUUCUCAAGGAGGGCAAGACAUUCACUGAGGACCUGAAGACACGGCUCAAGCAAAGCGUGAGGUCCAAGAUCGGCGCCUUCGCCGACCCCGAAUACAUUCACAGUGUGGAGCGACUCCCGAAGACCAGGUCCGGCAAAGUGAUGCGUCGGAUCCUCCGCAAGAUCGCCUGCAACGAGCUCGAGUUUGGCGACGUGAGCGCGCUCAGCGAACAAGACGUCAUCUCCGAACUCCUGCAGUCCAAGUGCUUCAUCCAGAACAAAAACAAUCGCUAGGUCGUUUUUUUUCCGCACUAUUGCGCAACUUUGGGCUCGUUGGCACAGGGAAUCGCAGCCGUCCUUUUUGACAAUGAAGGCUUUUGGGGAACCCUUUUACGAACCCGUGAUCGCUCAAAAACCAGGAACAUCACUGGACAUGCGCGGUUUAUGCGAAGGUCAUCGGGCGACGCGUGGUGACUGCGACUUAAAAGAUGCACUCAUUUGAAUGGUUUGCGAAACUGUUCUCAGAAAUUCGCUGUUCGGAAUUUUAGGAAAAUAUGUGGUUGACGACGGCUUGGGUUGUGGCCCUUUAGAUCUUCCAUGGCCGAUCGUAGCUUCACUCGGCGUCUGAGCGAUGCAGAGCAACGGUGCCUUACCGGUCGUGGUCCAAGUUUGAUCGUCUACAAAGUGGUUCCCCAAAUUCCCUACUUGCUUCCGGCGACGCAGCUGGAAUUAAGCGAGGCCUCAUGGAAAAAGAUAUCUCAGUUCUAAAAUUUGCAACUUUAAUGGCAAGUUACCAUCAAUGCCGGAUGUACUGAGUGGCAAAAUGAUGCCGCUAUUUUUAAUGCUGUAGCGUUUAAACGUUAGCCCUAUCUGUUUCUGUGUAACCUAAACAUGACAAAACGACAGUUUGAACAUGAAUCUAUAGUGUUAUUAAAAUAUUGUGUGAACCUUUCUAGGCCGCCAUCAUGGCAGUAAAAUGUGGCUUUAGAGAUGCACUGCAAUUUUCAAUGUGACUACAUGCUACGAGAGAGCGUCACAAUAGUGAUAAGCCUCAUUUCGUUAUUUGCAAGAUUAGGUUCUUCACCUCAAUGUCAGUUUCGGGUGGUCACAACGCAAUCCGAAGUGCCUUAUGCAAAUAACCAUUGGGUUUCACAUGUAUUGUGUAGAUGCGCUUCGCCAGGUGGCACCACGAGUGUCUUGCACUUCGUCUGGUCUUGCGAACCUACUAAACAAAAGAUGUCAACAUUUAAAAAAUAUAUAUUUACGAAAUAGAUUUUAGGUGUAAGAAAAUACAAACUAUAUUCACGUAUUGUCUUAUAUCUAUACCUGCUGAACUUCAUUUUAGAUUGGUCAGUCGUUUGCUCGGAAGACAAUGACAGUGCCAAAUUGAAUUAAGCUGUUUUAUUUGGUGACCGUCUUGUGAUGCCGACAGCUAUGUGAAAGCCAAAUAGCGAUCUUUUUUUUUUUUUUUUUCUGGCAGACAAAAAGUACACUGCGCGUACUAUGUCCUGUUAGAUUAAACUCAAGGCACCCACAGUCGGACGGCCUUAACGAAAUGAGGCGCUAAUGUUGAAUAUUAAACAUAUCCAACAUUCUGUUUAACCCGUCACUCCUAUAUUUGUUGCCUUUGAAACUAAACCACCUUUGUUUAACCAUUGAUGUAUGAUGGACAAGGUUAAAUAUGGCGUUUCUGUUCUCCUUGUAGCACCCUCCAAAUAUUUUUUUAUCUCUUCAUAGCAACUUUGUUAGUUUCCAUGAAACGUUUUGUAGUUCUGUGUGUAAUCACGUAAUAUUAUCGCCUCUUGUUCCCUCUGCUUUCUGCUGUCUCUUUUCUCGAAAAGUACGCGGGCUGUGUUCAGAUAAGAUCAUGCACGCGGGUCCGGACGUAUUUUUUGUUUUGUUAUUUUUUUUUUUAUAUGUUUCUCUUCAACAUCUGUAGGGAACGUAAUAAAAAGAGACUUAUCGAAAAACAUAUUAUUUAAAUAGAAAAAGAAAUGCCGAUUUCGCCAGAACGACAUAUUCAAUUUUUUUUUUCAAGUUUUCGUUUAUGCCAUGUUUAGUGACACCAUGUAGAAAACUACAAAUAUCAUAAAUCUAAAAUAUUUUGCAGUUAUAAUAGGUUAUGGAAACUAUUGAGUAAUAUAUGUACAGUAUUGUGGAGGUCAUAUAAUAUCGCGUCAAAAAUUCGCAAACGCGGCUCACGUUUCAUCUCUAGAUUCCUGAGCUGUUAGCCUUAGGAAUUUAAUAUCUACAAUAUUAAAAUGUAUGUCAAA